AUAGGACAAACUAUCCACUGCCUUCUCCGAUCGAUCUCUCUCGUUCUUUCUCAUCCUCCAUCUCAGGCUGAUCCAAGAAAGCAAGAAAGAAAUGGUUGUGUUUCAGGUAUCUCGGAAGGAGACUACUCCUUUCGAUGGCCAGAAGCCGGGCACUUCCGGCCUCAGGAAGAAGGUGUCAGUGUUCAUUAAACCUAACUAUCUGCAUAACUUUGUUCAGUCAACAUUCAAUGCCCUUUCUGCAGACAAAGUGAAAGGUGCAACAAUAGUUGUUUCUGGGGAUGGUCGUUAUUUCUCAAAAGAUGCCAUUCAGAUUAUAAUCAAAAUGGCAGCUGCAAAUGGAGUAAGGCGUGUUUGGGUCGGACAAAAUGGUUUACUCUCAACACCAGCUGUAUCAGCUGUCAUACGUGAAAGAGUUGGUGCAGAUGGAUCAAAGGCUUCGGGAGCUUUCAUAUUGACAGCUAGUCACAACCCAGGUGGUCCACAUGAGGAUUUUGGAAUUAAAUACAACAUGGAGAAUGGUGGACCUGCUCCUGAGACAAUUACUGAUAAGAUCUAUGCCAAUACAAAAACAAUAAAAGAAUACCUGAUUGCAGAAGAUUUACCAGAUGUAGACAUUUCUGCUGUAGGUGUAACACACUUUAAUGGGCCUGAAGGAGACUUUGAUGUGGAUGUUUUUGAUUCAACCAACGAUUAUGUGAAGUUAAUGAGGGCAAUAUUUGAUUUUGAGUCCAUCCGGAAGCUGCUUGUGUCUCCAAAAUUCACUUUCUGUUAUGAUGCACUUAAUGGAGUGGCUGGAAUUUAUGCCAAACGCAUUUUUGUUGAAGAGCUUGGUGCCAAAGAAAGUUCAUUAAUAAAUUGCAUACCAAAGGAGGACUUUGGAGGUGGGCAUCCAGAUCCUAACUUGACCUAUGCAAAAGAAUUGGUUACUAGGAUGGGAUUGGGUAAAUCAAGCCCACAAGAUGAGCCACCAGAGUUUGGUGCCGCUGCUGAUGGUGAUGCAGAUCGUAACAUGAUCCUUGGUAAAAGAUUUUUUGUGACUCCAUCAGAUUCUGUUGCUAUCAUUGCUGCCAAUGCAGUUGAAGCUAUUCCUUAUUUUGCUUCGGGACUAAAGGGUGUUGCAAGGAGCAUGCCGACAUCAGCUGCCCUUGAUGUUGUGGCAAAGAAUCUAGGUCUAAAGUUUUUUGAGGUACCCACUGGCUGGAAAUUUUUUGGGAACUUGAUGGAUGCUGGACUGUGUUCAAUUUGUGGUGAAGAAAGCUUUGGGACGGGUUCAGAUCAUAUUCGAGAAAAGGAUGGAAUCUGGGCAGUCUUGGCUUGGCUUUCUAUUCUUGCUUACAAAAACAAGAACAACUUUAAUGGUGAAAAGCUGGUUACUGUGGAAGACAUUGUUGUCCAGCACUGGGCCACUUACGGUCGUCAUUAUUAUACACGAUAUGACUAUGAGAAUGUUGAUGCAGCUGCAGCGAAGGAACUUAUGGCAUACUUGGUCAAUCUGCAGUCAUCUCUUUCAGAUGUUAACAAGAUUGUAAAAGAAAUAAGAACAGAUGUCUCAAAUGUUGUCCAAGCUGAUGAAUUUGAAUACAAGGAUCCUGUUGAUGGUUCGAUCUCGAAGCACCAGGGCAUCCGUUAUCUCUUUGAGGAUGGAUCACGAUUGGUUUUCCGCCUCUCUGGAACCGGCUCAGAAGGAGCAACUAUUCGACUAUACAUUGAGCAGUAUGAGAAGGACUCUUCAAAGACGCAGAGGAAUUCACAAGAAGCACUUGCUCCACUUGUGGAUGUGGCACUUAAGCUUUCCAAGAUGCAAGAAUUUACAGGCAGGUCUGCUCCCACCGUUAUCACAUAGAUCAGACAAUUUUGUCGUGAAAUAUCUGCUUAUCAAGAGUUCUCUUGAAUUGAUUUUGUUCUCUGUGCUGUGACAUAGUUUGAUAAAUUGUUCCCUAAAAAUUAACAUAUGAAAAAUAAUAGCAAAUAAGAGUACUGUGAGUUCUCUCGAGUUGAUCAUAACUCGAUGUAAUGUGACAAUAUUUUGUUGUAAUAAGGAAAAAAACUUUAUUUGCUGAGUUA